AAAUAUCAACACAGUGAAGAAACGCGCAACAAAGUAGCAUAAAAUGACUUUGAACUUUGAACACAUCAUCGCUAGCAUUUCUUCUAACUAGUUUUUGUAAAUAAUUUUUAAUGAUAAACCGGAAUAUGGACAAUUUUAGCACACUGAUCGCUGUGGUGUCAGGUGUAACUGCGUUGUACCUUUUUCAUUCAGUCUUGUACACUUCUCACAUCUUAUUUAAAACUCACGCAGUCUUUGACUCCCAGAGACAUUUGCCAGGUUCUCUUUACCUCAUGACCAGAUACCUUUAUGAAUCUCUCCGCAAAAAACGAGGAACAAUGAGAAAACACACAAACGACGAGCUUGUUUUCACUUUGAUCAACUGCAGGUAUGAUGCCCUGUCUUUGAGGAGGUUCUGCAGCAUUUCAGGUUAUGGUUGGGACUAUCCUGACAGUGUCUUCAGAGACGUUCCACUUUGCUACCCUGAGUUACUCUUCACUAGACUUAUCACUAUGAUUGUGUGCUCAGAGAGAUUCAAACUAAGCCCUUCGGGUCUGUUGAGUGUCCGUGAGAGUUUGAGUCUGAUCGAUGCUGUGGAUGAGCUGAAGAGAGGUACGUUCUCCCUGCAGGCCAGAGUGCUGGAGUACAGGACUGUUAGUACCGGAGUGGAGGUGGAUAUUACUUUAACCGCAUCUAGAGAUCAGCAGGCCAUAUGGAGCAGCACACUGACUCUACUCUCUCCUAAAAAUACAUACAGGCCUGAUGCUCAACCUGACUUGGAGAUCACCCAUGAUCCAGUUUCAGAGAGAUGCAUCAGCCUGGCUGUUCCUUGGUCCACAGGUGUGAGGAGCGCCUGGGUAUUCGGUGACCUCUGCCCUCUGCAUGUGUUUGUUUGGUGGGGGUUUGCCUGUCCCACCGCACGCUCGCUAUGGAUGUUUUCCAAGUGCAUGGCAGAGAUGGAGAAACACAAAGGAGUUGAAGUGGUGAGAGCUCCUCUGACUGUGUCGGUCUGUUAUAAACAGCCUGUGUCUUUACCAAGGAAAGUCACCAUCAGAGUGAGUGACAACACUAAUGAAACCUCAAGCACAGCAUCAUUUUUAUUGGAGGACCACAAAACCAGGACAGUGUUCCUCUCAGGACAGAUAAAAAGACAGUCAAGUGAGAAAGCAGACUGAUGGUGAUGUAAUUCUUACAGAAAGGUUACUGAGCGCUCAAUGACAGGACAGAACAUGUCAGACGGGGUAAUGGCAAAAUGGAGUAACAGAGGCCAUCACAAACAGUGAUCUCACCCCGAAACCUAAAAUACAAGGACCUUAGGAAAUGACACUCCUACUAACGGUGCCAUAGUAUGUGAUGAUAUUUGAAAUGUCUACUUAAAGACAUUAAAGGGGACUUAUUGUUGAAAACAGGGAUCUUUUUGCUCUGUUGAAAUAAAGGAAUCAAUGUAGACAGACUCAGAAGUUCACAAUGAGACACCUUUCCACCCUUACAGAUACUGUUUAAUAGAUUACAUGUAAAUUCAUAUUCUUUAUUCAGGAACUUUAUUCAGGAUAACUUUAUUCAUUAUAUAAUAUAUAUAUAGUUUUUGUGCAAAUGAUCAUGACUAACAAUAAUAUUAGCUUGUAAUAUUUUAAAAGUCUUUUAAAAAGGGUUUUAUUCUAUAUCUAUAUUUUUGUUUUGAAUUUAAGCUUAAACGGCUUGCAUUUCUCUGACACUAUUGUAUAAUGCACAAUGUAUUGUACAUGUGCAGUCAACUCACUUUUAAUCAGCGUCUAUGUCAGGAGGGGAGGAGCUGAACAAUCUUUUGAGUGGAGGGCCGUUUCUCAUGAAUUUUUCAGUCUCUCCCCCCUGCCUUUCCCUAUGCAUACACAUGCGUGUGUAAGUGCUCCAUGUGUAUUAUUCAUUACUGUGUGUUCAGCGUAAGAGGAGGGGGUUUCUGACAAAAACUGCUUUCAGUGUGUGUGUGUGUGUGUGUAUAUAUUUACACUAUAUAUAAAAUAUACAGAAUAAAAAUAUUUCAUAUAUUAUGCUAGUAAAUUGGCCUCAGCACUGAAACACAAAUAAGUUACUGGUAAUUGCAUUCUUUAAUUGCAGUCUUUAUUGUAAAUACGAUGUCAAGUGUUUGGAAUUUAGUAGAUAGUUGUUUUUUUUAUACAUACAGCUUUAAACACCUGCAUCUUUGUGGAAAUUAUAAUUUGUUGUUUUUGUUUGGUUGUUUUUUUAAUGCUAGAGAUUUAACAUAAUUGUAGUUAGUUAAGAAAAACUUAAUUAUAAUGAUUAGUUAUGGUAAUUGUAUUGUCUUAUAUGGUCAAUGUCAUAUAAUUCAUUUUGGGAGACAGAUGGGUAGAUUAUUUAAAAUAUUUUAUUGAUUUAUUUAUUGCAACUUACAACUUUGGACUGUUUGGAAAAUUUAAAUGUUUGAAAAUUUUAAAUGGACAUUAAAGCAAAAGAUACGAAUAACCAUCCUAAAAAAUUUUCUGUUUGAAUGUAUUUUAAAAUGUAAUUUAUUUUUGUGAUUUUAAAGCUG